AUGCGAAUCGCGUACCUCAUUGGGUUAUUGCUGAUCGUUGUGGUGACGGGAAGAAGGAGGCGAAGUUUUCGUGAUCCCGCUACCUUCAAUGCAAAUCAAAAUUAUCAUAUGAAUGCAGUCAUUCCAAAUGCCACCGAAUUCUUUUUCGAGGUUCCCCUUGAUCAUUUUGCUUAUGCGUCUACGAACGUUUUCAAAAUCAGAUGUGAACUGAAUUUGGAUCAUUACGUAGAUGGAGGACCAAUCUUUUUCUAUCCAGGCAAUGAAGGGACAAUUACUGGUUUCAUGACAGCCACCGGAAUUAUGUGGGAUCUUGCCGCAAACUUCAACGCGGCCGUUCUUUUUGCUGAACAUCGAUAUUAUGGAGCUUCAAGUCCAUUUGGAAAAGAAAAUGAUUACAAGAAUGUCGCCACAAUGGCCUAUCUCACUUCUGAACAAGCGCUUGCCGAUUAUGCCCAACUGUUGAUUUCUCUUAAAGGCGGGAAUACAGCCGCAAAACAUUCAAUAGCACGAAUAAAGUUGUGCUUUUUUGGUGGAUCUUAUGGAGGAAUGCUCGCCGCAUGGUUCAGAAUGAAAUAUCCUCACCUUGCUGUCGGAGCGUGGGCCUCAUCAGCGCCACUCAAAUAUUUCAAUGAAGGAGGUGUCGAUUGGGGAGCUUUUGAUGAUGUGACAACGCGCACUUUUAUCGAUUCUGGAGCCAGCUAUAACAAUGUGAAAAAUGGAUGGACUGCUUUGAGGAAUCUUGCGAAGACAACUGAUGGACAAAAAUUUCUCAAUGAUCUUUUUAAUGUGACUGACAAUUCGACAAUCAAGGAUUCGGCAAGCGGUGAGAAUUUGGUGGGAUAUGUGAGAGAAGCAAUUGAAUAUAUGGCCAUGGUCGAUUAUCCAUAUGAAACCAAUUUCCUCGAACCAAUGCCUGGAUUUCCCGUUAAAGUCGCUUCACAAUUUCUAAAAGAUGAAGGAAAUUGGACAGACAAAGAGCUUGCAAUUAUGCUUUUCAAAGCCUCAAAUAUAUACUACAAUUAUUACAAUGACAGCUCUUAUCAAGCUUGUCUUGAUCCUGAGAAAUGUGGAGAUCCGGGCACAUCAGAACUCGGAGAUCCGCUUGGAUGGCCUUGGCAGGAAUGCACAGAGAUUGUUAUUGAACAAUGUGCUCGAAAUAGCUCAUUUUUCUUUGAUGAAUGUACUGAUCGGCCAUUGGAGCUUUUGUAUCAAAUGUGCAAUGAUACAUUUGGAAAGCUUGGAUGGACGAGACCAUUGAUGCGAUACAAUGCAGUUAGAGAUCUCUAUGGACUUGAUAUCUCCGCUUACAGUAACAUUAUUCUCACUCAAGGUCAUCUUGACCCGUGGAGUGUUGGUGGAUACAAAGCGGGCGAUCCGGGAGUCAAUGGACAAAAUGGCAUCUAUGUGGUCGAAAUUCCAGGCUCAGCACAUCAUUUGGAUCUUCGUACACCAAACACAUGUGAUGGAAAUCCAACUCAUAACCUUCGAUUCCAAGCAGUAAAUAUCAUCAAAUGUUGGCUAACAGAAGGUUGUGUGAAUCCGGUGUUGAAAGAUUUACCACCAUUGAAUGAUGUCACGACAGUCAAAUGUGAAGAUAUGAUCAACAAAUAUCCAUGGGGACAAUCGGAUAAUGGGCCAAGCGGUGAUAAGGGCUCAUCGACGGCGAAAUUUAUGUUGGCGAUGGCUUUCAUGGCUUUCGUUCAAAGAUUUCUUAUUACUAAAAGC